GCAAAGACGCACCGCAGCAAAAGUGUGAAAUCCCACCAGAGAAGGACACAAGUAAGCCGAAACCAUCAGCAGGUAAAGAGGAGGUCGACACAGCCAAGGAACCUGUUAAAAUCGAAGCAGAAACUACGACCGCAACUGAGGAAGAACCUCCAAAAGAAGCCCAGAAGCAAAGUGAAAAUGAACGGAAAAACAUCUUUGGCAAAAUGUUUAAAAAGAAGGCAGAACCGGUGAAACCUGCAGAUUCUGUUGAUGGAGAGCUUACAUUAGAUUCAGUAAAACCAUCAGCAGAUAAAGAGGAGGUUGACAAAGCCAAGGAACCUGCUAAAAUCGAAGCAUCUUGUCAGACAGAAACUGCAACCACAACUGAGGAAGAACCUCCAAAAGAAGCCCAGAAGCAAAGCGAAAAUGAACGGAAAAACAUCUUUGGUAAAAUGUUUAAAAAGAAGGCUGAACCGGUGAAACCUGCAGAUUCUGUUGAUGGAGAGCUUACAUUAGAUUCAGAAGCAGUGGCCAUCGAGGCAAGCGCAGAGCCCGAGGGGAUCGCUGACGAACUCUUGAAAGAUCUUGGAGAAGUCGCAGAAGAAACGCCGCAAUCCGAGGAGCCGAAAGAAUCAGAAAAAAAAGUUAUGAACUUUUUCAAGUCUUUUGCCAGUUCGACUAAGCCAAGCAAAGAAGCCAAAGCCACUUCUGAUGCUUCAAAAGACCAGUCACAGAAGGAGACGCCUCCAGCACCUUCGGCAAAUGUACAGGAAGCACCCAAAGCACCACCUCCGCCCCCUCCAGCGCCUCCUAAGAUGGAAGGCAAAGCAGAGCCCGCGGUGAAGAAAGAGGAAACGUCUGCAACAGCUGCAACCAAAGCAGCAGACGCUCCUGCCAAGACCAAAACUAAAGACGGUGCCUUCAGCAAACUCUUCCGUCCGAAGCCUGUUUUGGUGGAUGAGGUAAAGCCGAUUGAGAUUGAGGUUGAGGUCGAGAAGACCCAGGUAGACGCAUCUAAAACCAGCACUCUCGAGGCGGCUGCCAAACCAGAAGAACCACCGGCACCAAAACAGGAGGAACAGAAACAGGAGGAAAAGAAACUGGAGAAAAAAAUGUCUUUUUGGAAAGUCAAACCUAAGGUACUGCUAGGUCAAGUGACCACUAGGAUCCAGGCGGCGACAUCCAGCGCUGCCGCGAGCAUCUCUCUCGUGUCUCCUAGAUCGGCCCCGGAGCCCAAGAAAGAGACACCAGCUGCACCUGUCCCAGAAUCUGCCCCCAUUGCGAAGGCCGUAGAGGAGCCAAAACCCGCCACCCUGGCAGUACCAGACAACAAAUCAGUGGACAGCACGGAUAACGCCUCGCCCAGCGCUCCUCGCAAGCUGGAGAAGAGGAACUCCGUCAAUAUCUUCUUCAAAAGCCUGGGCCAAAAACGUCAUUCUACUGAUGCUGGAGUGCAAACGGACCCCGUGGUACCCGAGAAGGCCAAAUAAACCCCCAGCCUUUCGGGUUGGUGAUCUUUACUGUAGCAUAGGAAUACACACAAAUGUCCAGAAAGUUUUGCAGAUAUGCAGCCCAAAUCCCCAGUUUCAUUUCCAAUGUGUUUAUGAGGUUGACCCUAACUUGAUAUUAUGCCAUGAAACGUGUAUUUAGCGAGAGCAGACGUAAGUGCAAAAGUAUUCCUUAUUAAGCAAGCUACAUGUGGAGGGAAAACUUGUGUAGUUGUUUUUUUUUUUUUUAACAAUAACUAGUCAGAGUUGCGUGAUGAGGCAUACGAAGGCAAAAUGAAAGUGAAAAUGUGAUUCUGCAUUCAGAGAAACUCAAUUUCCUUUAUCUUCUGUGCAAAUGUAGAAGUAUGCGAAAUAUGUCAACUAACACUAUUUAUCAGCAUUAAUCACUCAUUCUACACCAGAUGCAUUUUGUAUCGCUAUAGUAUGACAAUAAGAUGGUUUUUCCAUUGAAACAAAGCAUACCUUAUGUGUCCUUAACAAAUGACUUAAUCAUACACUAUCUGAUUGUAAAAACAACACAUAGAAACCUAUUCAAUGCCCCAUUGUCUGCUUAAUUCAAUCAGUGCUCAUUGAAACCGACUAAUUCUCAUUAAAAUGACCUUGGCGGCUAAAGGUUGCCGGCCCACAAAUUUUUAAAAGAGUUUCAUAAAAAAAACUGAAUUAUUUAUUUAACCAGAUAUACAUCUGAUCACUAUAUAUAUAUAUAUAUGACCAACUUGGUUAUUUAUGUCAGACCCAAAAGUCAAAAAUCUUUUUUUUAUUUUCACUUUAUGUAGCCUUACAAAAUGUUGCACAUUAAUCAUAACUUACUAAACCAAACAGCAGUUAUUCUGUUAUUUGCUUGGUCGUCCAUUUAUGUCCACAGGAGAAAUUAAGAAGUUUAUUUAAAUGUCUUUCGUGUUUUUUGUCCUGUUUUCUGCUAUUAGAACAUUAUAUAAUGCAAUAUACAAUUAUGCAAUACAAUAAUGCAAUGCACAUCUCUUCAAUGGUCAAAUGUUUUAUGCUUCCUCUUCUGAUUCUUGUCUACAUUUGUAAAGAGCAGACGGGCCUACUUCAAAAUUCAUUCUGUUUUCUCCUUUGUUGCAUUUUUGUCUAUUUAACCAAUUUAUAAAAAUAAACCAAUCAUUUCUCUUCCAUAUAAAAA